GGCCAACAUGGCAUCAAAAAUUGAUACUGCGAUUUUGAAAGCGCUAUCACUUGAUCCCGCAAGCACUACACUCGCCUGUCAUGGCGGCAGUGGUUUCUCCUCAACCUACAAACUAAGCAGCAGAGCAAGCGAUGGUGAAGAGAAGCUGUAUUUUGUGAAGACUGGUGCUAACGGAAGUGAGACUAUGUUUGCUGGAGAACUUACCUCCUUAAAUACAAUCCACAGUAUCGUGCCGAGCCUAUGUCCGCAAUCCUUCGCACAUGGCCAAUUAUUCUCAUCACCAGGCGCAUUCCUUGCGACUGACUUCUUAAAUCUCUCACCAUCCUCCUCUUCAAAAUCAGGUUCUGGCAUUCCCUUGGCUCAUAAACUCGCAAAGUUGCAUUCCACGCCCGCACCUAUUCCUGAUGGCUACGAUAAAGCUAUGUUUGGAUUUCCGGUACCGACUUGUUGUGGAGAGACGGUGCAGGAUAAUAGUUACAAGGGGAGUUGGGCGGAAUUUUAUGCCGAGAACAGGUUGAGGCAUAUUUUGAGAUGUAAGUCUGCCAUUAUCCCUUCGUCCGCUGAGACACUGCCCGCGCUAGCAGGGGAAGCUGAACAAGGCCUUCUUAUUCGCCGGAAGAUGAGGCUCAACUAUCAUUCAGUGAUGUGACCAAUUGCAACCCCUACUCCUUAUUCCCUGCUAGCUUGGGCAGUGUCUCAGCGGACGAGGGGAUACCAUUUCGAUAAUAGAUCUAUAGAUCUAUAGAUCUUGUUUAGUGGGCAUUUUUCCCAUUUCGUAUUAAGUAUUGGUCUCUCAUUGACACUCUGCAGGCGCGGAAAAGAAUCAAGGUCGUGACACCACUCUAUCACAACUCGUCGAAACUACAGCUAGCAUCAUCGUCCCUCGUCUCCUCCGCGACGGGCACCUAACCUCCCCAGAUGGGUCACCUAUCGCUCCAGUUGUCGUACAUGGUGAUCUCUGGAGUGGCAAUCGUGGUAAAGGCACCAUUGGAUGCGAAGGCGGUAUCGAAGAAGUGGUGUUUGAUCCGAGCGCAUGCUAUGCUCAUAGCGAGUAUGAAUUUGGGAUCAUGGGAAUGUUUGGUGGCUUUGGGGGGUCGUUCAAUAAAGAGUAUUGGACGUUGAAGGGGAAGGAUGACCCGGUAAGCGAGUGGGAGGACAGGAGGGUGUUGUAUGAGCUGUAUCAUCAUCUUAACCACUAUGCAAUGUUUGGGGGUGGGUACAAGAGUGGCGCUGAGAGUAUCAUGAGGAAGUUGAUCAAGAAGUUUGGUGAUGGAAAAUAAGUUGAAAGACAAGAUAAAAGGAUGAAGAAAUGAUUUGAGAUGUCAUCCUUUGCAUGAUAGUUCACUCUUAGUAUAGUUAAAUUAGAUAUCAUGUCCAGGAAGAUAUCCUAUA